GUCAUAAUGCCAACAGCAGACUUCUGAAUAGAGUUGAGCAAGUAUAUUUAUAAUUUUUUUUACUAUUUCUUACUGAUUGUUCUUUUUAUUUAUUUACUAUAAAACUUGGCGUUUACCAAAUAUUUGUUUAACUUUUUUCUAUAAAAAUGUGUAUGUUUAAAAGGAAAUUAAGAGUGAUGGCUUAGAAAAAAUUUGCAUAAUCGUACUGAUAAAUUGAAAUCGUCUUGAGUUUUAAUGGCAAGAGUUGUAACUGGAUUUAGAUCUGGGCCAUCUCGUAAGCCCGUCACAUUAUUCAUGUGCAAUGCUAGCUCAAAAAUAAUCAAUAUCAUUUGGUUAGAUUAUUAUGGCAGGGAAACGAAUUAUGGUGUAUUGAAACCGACCUAUCAGAAAAGGAUCUUUUCGUACGAAGGUCACCCCUGGAUUUGUCGGGAAGUAUCAACAAGACGCAAAUUUUUAAUGAAUAACCAAGAAUUGUUUAUUCCUACUGCAGUUCCUUGUGAAGACCCUGAAAAGGAAGAAAAUUUACCCAUCACCGUUGUUAUAACAUCACCACUUCUCUCAUUGCAAGAUCUGUGCAUUGAUGCAGUUGUUGUUUGUUUAUCAUCAGAAGAUCAUGUUUCUAGUUUAAACAUUCCUGUUAAGUUAUGUGAAGACAUUCAACACGGUUGGCGAAAAGCUAACCCAUAGGAUUUGAUACUCGAUUUUUAUUCCUUACGAAGUAUGUGUUUGUGAGAAGUCUGUAUGUGUGGAACGAAUCUCUAACCCUAUAAAUGUUGGGCCUAAAAAAUUUUUUGACAGCUUUAUGUUAAAUAUGUUUUUUAUUAUAAUGUUUAAUUGGAUUGUAGAAAAUUUAAUUGAUUAACAUGAUAAUUAAAAUGUACAACGGCAGUUACAACAGUUAAAUUAAAAAAUAUAUAUAAUUCAGUUUCAUCUGUGCUAUGGACCUGAAUAAAUUUCUUUAUUGUUUAUCUUUGAUGGAUCACUGUUUGCAAAUAUUUUAUGGUGUGUAAAACUGAAUUUUAGCUAUUGGGUUGAAAAUACAGUGAAUUCUUGAUCGAUGGUUUCUUUGUGGGACCACUCAUUAUGAAUGAUAGUUGUGAAAAAAUGACAAAUGUGAAUCAGUAUGAAAUACUGACCUGAAAAUGUAUUAGGAGUGAAAAAAAAUUGAUUUACUCAAAAAUCAAGAAAGUGAUUGACUUAUUUAUAAUAAAUAUUGAAAAUUUUGUCGAAAAAAUCAUGUACUCAUUUCAAAAAUAUUUAAAGCAAAUAGACAAAUUUAUUUAUUUAAAAUAUUUAAAAUUUUUAUUUGAACUCACUGUUUUCUUCUCAGCGGAUUUCAGAUUUGUAAUAUUUUAUUUUCUGCAUGUUCCCAUGAAUUCAGAAUGUUUCAUACAGUUGUAAAGGCUUCAAGGAAAUUUGCAAAUGUUGGCUAGGGGACCCUUUCGCUGUCUUCGUUGGUAUCACUAUGAACUUUUUCAUUUUCUGCAAGCAUUUUAUGAACUGUCAACUCCACAAGUUUCAACAUUUUCAUCAAUUAAAGCAUUAAAGCAUUUUCAUCAAUUAAAGCAUUUGAGGUUAAAAUAGGAAGUUUGAAGCAUUAUCCCCAAACUGUCACAAAACUUCAUGCUCAUCAUCAUUAGAAUCAGGAAUUUUCUUCUCAAAAUAGAAUAGCUUCACUUUUUUUAAAAAAUGUUUCUGAACAAUAACGGGGGGAAUUUGCUAGUAUUAAAAACAAUCUA